GUCAUUAGCAACAACAAACCCACCUGCCUUAAACGCCAGCGGGGCUCGGCGUCUCUCAGUUGUUGACGCUGCUUGGCUCAGACUCUGACAGCUGGUCACAGGAAGUACCGGCAGCAUAUCAUGAAUAAACGGAAACGUGAAAGCGCAUACAUUUAAUCCCGCUCGUUGGGCGCACGGCGUUUUUCGUCAAACAAACAGAGGAACCGUUUAUCGGUUGCUCUCUCUCAGCCGCCGUCCUCCUCCGCCACAUCAACGUUAGCUUAGCCUGCUGUCGCUCAGCGACAUUAUGGCAUGCGUGUUGUUGGAAGAGACAUCCCUCAUUGCGUUUGUCUGAACAGGAAGUUCUGCUUUCAGUGGCUGACCUAGUGGAUAAGAAAUCCUCAGCGGCUUCCCGUAAAAGGCUCACAAACUGCCAUGGAGCCGUACGCGGCUAUGGGCUGUGUGAACAUGGGCAAUCUGACCAGCACCUUGCCUGUGAUCCCCUACCAGAAGUUGACAGACCUGUACUACCUGAGCAGAGGGGGCUUCGGCACCGUUUUCAAGGCGCAGCACUCCGACUGGAGGACUACGGUGGCCAUCAAGUGCCUGAAGCUCGACUCUCCUGUUGGAGAAAGAGAGAGGAACUCCCUGCUGAAGGAGGCAGAGGUGCUCCACAAAGCCAGAUUCAACUACAUCAUCCAGAUCUUUGGUAUCUGCAACGAGCCGGAGUUCUUCUGCAUAGUCACAGAGUUUAUGAGCAAUGGUUCUCUGGACCUGUUGCUCCAUGAGAAGGACAUGUACCCUGUUCUCGCCUGGCCUUUGCGACUGAGGAUUCUGUAUGAAAUUGCCCUCGGGGUUAACUUCCUUCACAACAUGAACCCACCCCUCUUACAUCAUGACUUAAAGACACAGAACAUACUGCUGGAUGGGGAAUUUCAUGUUAAGAUUGCAGACUUUGGCCUUUCAAAGUGGCGGCAGCUGUCCGUCAGUAAAGGCUCAGGGUCCAAGCCCACAGAGAUGGGUGGCACAGUGAUCUACAUGCCCCCGGAGGAGUACGAACCAUCCAAGAGCCGCCGAGCUGAUGUGAAACACGAUAUGUACAGCUAUGCCAUCAUUAUGUGGGAGGUGCUGUCCAGACAGAUACCAUUUGAAGAGGUGACGAACCCCAUGCAGAUCAUGUUCAGCGUGCUGCGUGGCAUGCGUCCGGACACGAGCCUGGACAGUCUGCCCGCUGACAUCCCCAGCAGAGGGACCCUCAUCAGUUUAAUGACCUGCGGCUGGACUUCUAACCCCGACGAACGACCCUCCUUCCUUCAGUGUUUGAUUGAGCUGGAGCCCAUGGUGAGAACAUUUGAUGAAAUAGACUUCUUGGAAGCUGUGCUGAAAAUCAAGAGGUCAAAGUUGAGGCAGACAUCAGGCUGUUGUUCAGCUCAGCCAGCGUGUGAGAAGAGUGAGGAGGGAUCCCUGAACACGCUGAAGAACAGGCCCAGCCCUUGGCCGGAGAACUCCACUUCAGGCUCAGGCUCUUGUUCCUCCCAGGACACAGACAUAUCUCUACCAGGCGCCCUCACUAGCAGUAAUGCUGCACCGUCUAAGGGUAGCCUUCCAUCGUCAUUCAUAGCUCAUACUCUGGAGCCUCCAGAGUCUCUGAAGGACCACAGCCAAGUCAACAAUCUCAACGGCUACCAGAGCGCCAGGCCCCUGAAUGAUUUGAAUAUUCCCAUCAAAUCUGGGCUGCCGCUUACCGAGUAUGAGACUCGACUGGACAACCUCACUCUCAAGCCUCAGCCUCAGCCUCAGCAACAAGCACAUUUCCCUCCUCCAUUGCAGCAAUCCGAGCUCUCACAAGGCCCCAUUGCCCAGUGGAUCGCAACACGGCGUGAGGAGAUCGUCUCACAGAUGACUGAGGCCUGUUUGAACCAGAGCUUGGACGCCCUGCUGGCCCGCUCCAUGCUGAUGCGGGAGGAUUACGAACUUGUGGUGAACCAGCCCACGCGCACUGCCAAGGUCCGCCAGCUCCUGGACAACUGUCACAAACACAACGAAGACUUCUGCCGCAUUGUCGUACGCAAGCUGCAUGACAACAAGCAGAUGGGCCUGCAGCCGUACCCGGCUGAAUUCAGCUCCCCUACCGCAGCCCUCAUCCCCAGCGCACCGCCACUAUCCAUAUCGUACAAUAUCCCCAGGAACAUGUAGCACCAGUCACAGCCAAGCAAUGGAAACAAUCCCGAUUACAAACUGUGCCAAAUUUACACUACAGUUGACUCCUACUGGUUCCACUGUCCCCAAGAUGGUCGCCAUGUUUCCUGUUGGUUCUUAUCCCUCAAAAAAGACUGAGGAACAACUAGAAAACGAGUGACAGGUACAAAGCUAAGUUAAUAUCCAGUCAUCAGUCAGAGACGGAUUAGAUUCUGUAUUAUCAGAAUCAAAAGCUUUUGACUGAAUCAGUGAUUGUAUUUAUCAAUGUUAUGGAUUUAAUGAGGUGAUUCAUCAAUAGUCUUUUCAUACUGAUUGGAUGUAUUACAGGUUUUCACUCCAUUUGGUAUGUAAUGCUUUCUGUCUUCAAAAGCUCAUUUACCAUUUAUUAUAUAUGUGUGCAUGUGAGCGUGUGUGUGCAGCCUUAUUUUUAGAAUGCAAACAUCCUCGAUACCCUCAGUUGAUCUGAGUAAGUGACAUGCUGGAAAACCUGAAGCAAAAAUAAGGUGUAUUCCUAUUAUAGCAAUCUUAUCUUAAAGUAUCAUGUAGUUAUGGGUUAACUGUGCUGAUAAUGUUUAACACCUGAGUUAAGUCAGGGACUAUGUGGCCCUCAAAAGAAACAGAGUGUGUCUGUCUUUGUUUGAGGCACAUAACUACUAAUAAAUCCGUGAGAAGAUGCAUAGUGUAAGAAAGUGUAAGAAAUACUUCAGAGUUAAUGAUAACAAUCUAGCUACAUGUUCUUGAAUGUUAACAGUUGUGAUUUUGGAGGACUGUGAUCAUGUGACCGAAUGGAAAGUUUUUGUCCCUCCCCGGACAUUUCUUCCUCUCCCUGUUUUUACUGCUGAGCUAAAGAGAGUUGCUGGGACGUGGAGUAAAGAGGAAGUUAAGCUUGUGAAUUAAGACCCAGAAAGAGAGGGGUGUUUGUGGGUGUACGUGUGUGCACACGUGUGUGUGCGCGUUUGUCUGCAUGUCUGUAUCUAGAUUAAAGUGGACCGAAGUGAUCUGCCCCUGGAUUUCUCUUGGUCCUCUCAGUAGUGGCCUCACCGGUCACUGUUGUUAAUAAUGUUCACUUUAGACACUUCAGACUCAUCUGGAUACUUCACGAGUUACAGUUCUUCUAUGGGCUGUGAGCUAAGUUUGAAAAAUGAGCUGAGCUGAGACAAUUGCAUUACAUGAACAGAGAAAA